ACUUGUAGUAUUCGACGAUCCGGCGGUUAGCGAAGACGCGCGCUUUGCGUCUAACGUCAUUGUGCUGUUACGCGAUUAGAUAAUCGGGUGCAAGGUUUUGCGAAAUUAAUAUAGAAGCAUAAAUCAAUAAAUAAACACACGGCCAGUCAUCGCGGAAAAAUAUAAUAAUUGUAAUGAUUAGUUCAAACAUGAAUUAAAAAAUUUUCAUAUCAAUCAACGCGCUCGAAAGUGAAAAGAACGCAGUGUUCUUCGAGGCUUUUGUGUCUUUGAUUUGAGAUUAAAUCUGAGUGGUAAAAAACGUUCGAAAUUUAAAACUACCAACCGAAAGUUUCACAAGUUCGAAAUCUGGACGUUACAUAUCUUUUGAAUUUUGAAUUUAAAUCAAUAUAUCAACUGCGCGUAUCUUCAGUUGUCUCGGCGGUUCGAAAUUCAAAUAUAGAUGAUAUAGAACGUUGACGUCUCUCUCGGUUUGUACAACUGUGAUUUUGUUUCCAAGUUGACGGUGUCAAAAGACAAUCGUAAGAUUUGUGAAAAAUCAUUUGAAAUGCUGACCAACGUGGACUCGUUGUUUGAGCACGUGCUCAUCAAUUAUCGAUGGUUGUUCGCGAUUUUUUUCCUUAUGCCACUGUCCCUCGGUUUUGACAUAUUCAACCACACGCGAAAUUGGAUAGUAUUUAAAAUGAGCAGUGCUCCUAAAUUUCACGAGAAUAAAAUACGAGAUGUUCAGAGGCAGGUUAAAAAAUGGAAAGAGAGUGGAGCAGACCGGCAAAUGUGCACGGCACGUCCAGGAUGGCAAACAAUGAGCUUCAGGCAGCCGCGAUACAAAUCUUCCAUGUUCAAGGUGAACGUCAACUUGGUUGACGUCUUAGAAGUGAACGUUGGAGAGCAGUAUGUACGAGUCGAGCCGAUGGUGACGAUGGGUCAACUGACGGCAACUUUGGGUCCCUUGGGAUGGACGAUACCUGUUUUGCCCGAAAUCGAUGAUUUGACAGUCGGUGGCCUGGUUAUGGGAACGGGAAUCGAGACGAGUUCGCACAAGCACGGUUUGUUUCAGCACAUCUGCCGAGCCUUCGAAGUCGUGCUUUGCGACGGUUCGAUCGUCAGAUGUACGAAGGAAAACGAUCCGGAUCUUUUCUACUCGAUUCCAUGGUCACACGGAACCUUGGGCUUCUUGUUGUCGGUGGAAAUACAGAUAGUACCAGCGUUAAAGUACGUCAAACUUGAGUACGAACCGGUCAAGUCUCUGAAAGAGGCGUGCGAAGUGUUCCGAAGACAAACCCUAAAGAAGGAUGACAACCAGUUCGUGGAGGGUCUGAUGUUCUCAAAAGAACGAGGAGUGAUUAUGACCGGAAAUAUGGUUUCCGAAGCGGAUGAAGACCUGGUAAACAGAAUUGGUCGAUGGUACAAGCCAUGGUUCUUCAAGCAUGUUGAGAGCAAGUUUGAUGGCGGUCCAAGGACGGAAUACAUUCCGCUGAGAGACUACUAUCACAGACAUACUAGAUCGCUGUUCUGGGAGCUCCAGGACAUCAUACCGUUCGGAAACAAUCCGAUUUUCAGACUACUCGUCGGUUGGAUGAUGCCGCCAAAGGUUUCUCUCCUCAAGCUAACCCAAACUGCUGCGACGAAAAAACUCUACGAAGAAAACCACAUCAUUCAAGACAUGCUAGUGCCGAUCGAGCAUCUGGAAGACAGUAUUUUGAAAUUUCAUCAGGCUGUUCAGGUUUAUCCAUUAUGGUUGUGUCCGUUCAAAUUGACUGCCGAGCCAGGAUUGGUCAAUUCGAGAACGUCGGACGACAGGAUGUACGUGGAUAUCGGUGUGUACGGAGUCCCGAAGGUCAAGGGAUUUAAGCCGGUGGAAUCGACAAGGGACAUCGAGGAAUUUGUCCGAAAAGUAAACGGAUAUCAGAUGCUUUACGCGGAUACAUACACGACGAGGAUGGAGUUCCGGAAGAUGUUCGAUCACACACUUUAUGACAAAGUUAGGGACAGACUGCAGUGCAAAAUUGCCUUUCCGGAGGUUUAUGACAAGGUGAAGAAAACUGCUAGGCAUUAGCUAACGACUCGAACCAUCGCUGCAAACGUCUGGAAUUUAUUAUAUAUAUAUAAAUAUUAUUACAUUAAUAUAUCAUUUAUAAAAUCGCAAUAGAUAAAUACCAUUGCUUUGAUGCAUGG